CGCUGCGUCGGACACGUCUCCCCCCUCCACGCCUCCGUGUCCAUCCGCUCCCUCCCCCCAGCUAGCUGCCUAUAUACACCCACACCCCGCGCCCCUCCUCUCCUUCGGUCGUCUUUGCUCUCCAUCUUUCAAUCCAUCGGCCGGGACGAGCGUUUGUGGCUGAGGCCACGGGCGUCUGAGCCGAGACGCCGACCGGGGCCUGCAGGCGCCAUUGCUGAGAUAGCAGCAGCACCCUUCACGGCCGGGCAAGAUGUCCGUUCUGGCAGCGGCGGCCGUGGAUCCUGCCCCGGUGGCGCCGCCCCCCGUGGUGCCGUACGGGAUAUACGGUGGCGGCGGGGCGAGGAAGAGGAAGGACGUUGUGCACAUACAGGAUGAGGAUCAGGGUGGUGAAGGCGGCAGCCGGCACGGGCUGUUCGUACUGGAGACGGUGGAGGAGGACGACAGGGAGGCGGAGGCGGAAAGGGAGCAGUCCUCCAUUGGCGUGGUCACCGAUGAGGAGGAGGAAGGGGAUGAGGCGGACAGCAAGGACAACGAGGCGAUGAAGAACGGCGGGCUCGCGAGCCUGGACGCCCUCGACGACGCCCUCCCCGUCAAGAGGGGGCUGUCGAGCUUCUUCUCCGGCAAGUCCCGGUCGUUCGCGAACCUGCAGGAGGUCGCCGGCAGCACCAGCAGCAGCAAGGACGUGCUCGCCAAGCCGGAGAACCCCUUCAACAAGCGGCGCCGGAUCCUCCGCUGCUGCUCCAUCCGCCGGGUGUCCUCCACCUCGCUCACCGCGCUGCCGCCAUUCAUGCCGCCGGAGCCGUCCUUCAACAUCGGGAACGACGGCGGUGACGCCGGCGACUUCAGUGGCUGAUCAAUCGAGUCAGGAACAAUACUUGCACGAUCGAAGAGAUCGUGCGAGACAUAUGCAUGCAAGGAAACUAAUGGAAAUUAGGGAACUAGCAAACAAGAUGGAUGGAUCCUUUGUAAUAGUCUCGGAUCUCAUCUCAUCACCAAUCGCCGUAUACCAACAACCACCUAGUAGAGCUUAAUUAGGUUGUCAUUUGUUCUUUUAGGUGCUAGUAGUUGCAUUGACAUGCAACUAUGCAAGAGAGGAAGCAAGGGAGAGAGCACCAAACAUAGAGUAUUACAGAAGGUUAUGGUGCAUGCUUGUGUGAUCCAUCCUAGCUAGCCUAAAGGAGCUAGUGCCUGUGAUCUCAUUGAAAAAUCCUAAUUAAACAUUUCAAUAUUAGGAUAGAACCCGGAUCAAUGAAGGAAAUCCCUAAUUGAUCAUUAUGGGUUGAGAGUUUUAGGAUGUUACUUGCAUUGCAUGUAUAUAUGUACUACUAGUAGUAAUAAAUAAUUGACAGUACUAGCUAAA